AUGCAAUCGAAGAAUGUGAGGCACAUGAAAGGCAAAUCGCAAUUGACGCAUCUACGGUAUUCCAAGAUACCAAAGAGCAUUGACAGUUGCAGUCUCGGUGACAUGGGCCUCUCUGAACCUGUUUCAAUCCUACGUCGAGGCAGAAGGAAGGUGAGACUACAGACAUCUAUGGGGCUGCAGUUGAGAGACAUCCAGGUGUUGUGUCUGGUACUGAUGCUUGUGAUUGAACCGUUUCUUCGCUGUGCCGCUGCGGCUGGUGGCGUGGUCCCCCGAACGAGAAUGGCCACGCCUGCAGCUGGAAAUGAAUCCUUGGUGAUACUCACGAACUGCUUUCCCAGCGUAAUACUCAGUCCUUCCAACAUCCCAUACACCUGCGAAGUUAACAAUGACGAAGCACUGAGUGGCUUGAACCUCUCCGCCUCGUACUAUCAUAAAGGAGACCUCAUCCCUGGCUGGCCGGCGACUCUGGACGAGGAAACUAAUACCAUUACAUUCAUGCCUGAUCAUGGGGCGCCUUCAGGACGUUGGGAAUUGGUAUUCACGGGGCGUUCUGACAAUGUAGGCUUUUCCACUCCUCGGACGACCAAUAAGAGCAUGGACUUCAUGUUGAGUGAAGAGACCAAUGCGGAUUUUGCUAUUCUCUGUCCGUAUUACGGUAUGGCUGUAUCGUUUGCACCCAAUCUUCCGAGUGGCACCAUGGCUUCCGACUACAUGCUGGUCCGCUCUUUCGAUGUAUGCCAGUACACCACUACAACCUGCACUGACUCUGUUGGGUGCUACAGAAUGCUGCCACCCGCGCAUCUUCCCCCUCCUGGCGAAUACAGGCUCUGUGUGACGUCAAAUGACUGGCAUGACCAAUACCUUCCAUGGGGUGUAGAAUCUCUUGAGGUGAAGGUGCUGUUGGCCACGCCGCUGUACUUGACAGCUGGUAAAGACAGAAAUGUCGUGCUGCAGGAUGCGGAAUCUGUGGUCAGUAUGUUGAGGCGUGUGUUCCUGGAGCGGUGCCCUGACAACAACUGCCCCCGUGUGACUACUGGCAGUGGGGAAAAGGUGGUGCACCGUGAUGCGUGUGUCAACACCUCCGUCUCGUCGCGGGUGUACCUGUCCGACCUCCGUGUGCUGUCUGCAGAAGCUGGCGUGUACGCUGUGUGUGUCGAUGGUGAUGGUGAUGGUGAUGGAGAGCACAUUGCUCCUGCUGCGCUGCCGGUGGCGGUACUGGAGAAACCCUUUGCCUUCAAGAUAACUGCUGACACGGACCAGAACACUGCUACGAUUAAUGUUACUGGUGGUGACCUCGAGUGGCGCAGAGAGCCGUACACGGUGUGCGCUGUGCCACAGGAUGAAACAUGUGAUUCCGUCUCUGCUGGGCCUCGUGUGUGUGAGAAGAGUGAGUCCCCAAAUUCAUUAUCCGUGUUUCUGGAUCUCGCCAGCAGGGGAAUGCCUGUUCAGGAUGUGAAGUUCUGCUUCAUCGCAGCCAACGUGACAAUCGGAGGACGCACCUACACGCACAUGCAGGAUGUGCUAGAGGAUGUCUGGGAGGACGUGUGGGAGGAUGAUGGUGAGUCGACCACAGGAAUGUCUGGUGGAUUCAUCGCCGGGAUUGUUAUUGCGGGCGCCGUUUUAUUAAGUGCUCUGGUUGUCGCCGUGGUGUAUGUGUUGCAUCAGCGACGGAAGAACAGAAGAGAGCCACCAGACUCUGGCACACCACCCUCGCCGACGGUGCCACACCCUGAACAGAAGAAAUCAAAUCCCCUGACAACUGUUUCUGUUGGUACUUCCCCGCACACACCCCCACCCACGCCUGUUCCUCCGCAAGACGAUGGUGCUGCCCAGGUGCCUGUUGCUGAGCAGCCCAGCAACACAGCGGAGCGGCACAUCGACCCCACAAAUAUGUAA